AUGGAGUUUGUCCCCACGUUGUACCCUACCACCGAAGAAUUUAAUAAUCCAAUUGAGUACUUGUCCCAACUGAGGGUUCAAAAAAUUGGUAAACGAUAUGGCAUGGUGAAACUUGUCCCUCCUUCUGAUUUCAAACCUCCACUGUCCAUUAAUACGGAUACUUUCAAAUUUAUUACCAGGCUGCAAAACUUGAGUCAAUUAUCACUGGUUAACAGAAAUAGGCUGUUCUUUAUGAAGCAAUUGAACAAUUAUAACAAAGCAAUGAAAUCAAUGGCUCCUAUCUUAACAAAGCCAUAUGUGCUAGGAAGUCAGAGCACUGACAAAAUAUAUUUACACGAUCUUUUUGUCUGCAUCUAUAAGUAUUUUAACAAAACGAUUGUCUCACCAAAGGAACAUAUUAUGGGAAACAAAAGGUUAUGGUCGUCUGUUAACAGAAGUCAAGAUAAUAAAGGUGCAUACUUGUUGGAAAAGAUAUUCAAAAAAUAUAUAUUCAGUUAUUACAAUUAUCUGUACAAAAUGGUUAAAGAAGCACCAAAGACAGGAUUACAAUCGUUAUUAUACAAUGAUGAGACACCAAGGUCUUUGCUGGAAGAAGAGGAUGCUUUUGAAGAGGAUGAUUUUGAAUUGGCGGAAACAGAUGAAAAUUUGGACCAUGACGUAUGUUCUGUAUGUUCCAAACUGGUAGAUGAUAUCUCAGUAAUAUGUACCGAAUGCUCCAAUGCUUUUCACCUUAGUUGUAUUGAAAAUACAGGUAAAGACAUUAAUGGUACAGACUGGUUUUGUAACAACUGCAUCGUAGGUAAUGGAUACUACGGAUUUAAGGAAGAGAAAGAGUUCUAUUCUCUUCCCUCUUUUAGAAAACUAGCUGGUUAUAAGGCUGGUACAACAAACACCGAGCUCAGUAAUAAAGAAGUGGAAGAACUUGAAGAUGAAUUUUGGAGUAUAGUAAAUGAUUCUGACAGAAAUAUAAGUGUUAAAUACGGUGCCGAUAUUCAUAAUAGCAAACCCGGCGAAAUAACAGGGUUCCCAACAGAAGAGUAUAAACGUUUUGACGUUUUAAGUAAUGAACGGAUAGAUUUUGAAGAAUACUCGAAAUAUUUCAACCAUCCCAUGAAUUUGGUAAACCUUCCAAAUGCAAAAGGUUCUCUUUUACCACUACUGGAACAGAAUAUAUCAGGGAUGACGAUACCUUGGAUAUACAUUGGAUCCAAAUUUUCCACAUUUUGCUGGCACUUAGAAGAUCAAUAUACAUUAAGUGCAAAUUAUCAACAAGAAGGAUUUCCUAAAGUAUGGUAUAGUAUUCCAGAAGAUUCUAAUACAAAUUUACAAAGUUACCUGAAAGAUUUAGCACCCGAUAUGUUUGAUAAGCAACCUGACUUAAUGCAUCAAUUAGUAACGUUGGUUUCUCCGUAUUCAAAAGAGUUUAAAAAGGCAAACAUUAAAUGUUACAAAGUUAUACAAAGACCAAAUGAGUAUGUAAUAACUUUCCCCAAAUGUUAUCAUGCAGGGUUUAAUACUGGAUAUAACUUUAACGAAGCGGUGAAUUUCACUUUGGAUCUUUGGUUAAAAUAUGGGGUUGAAGCAGCUGAAGAUUAUAAAGAAACAAACAAAAUGUGUGUUUUUGACAUGAAUGAAUUGAUGUUUAAUAUUUUGUUAACUUUUAUAAAUCAUAAGAAGGAGACGACAAAAAAAGAGCAACAUAUAAGUGUUGUCCUUGCUAGACAAAGUUACAAACUUGCAUUAAGAGCAUUUAAUGAAGCAUCUCGAGCAAGUGACCUGAUAUACCCAAAGGUCAUAAAAACAGUAAUAGAAUUAAAUAAACCCUUAGUCACAGAAAAUUAUAAAGGUAAAAGGGUACGAGAAUCCUCACAACAAUAUUACAUAUUCUGCUCUAAAUGUAAAACUAUAUGCUUCUUCACGUUUGUUCUACACAAAUCCCAAUCCAAAGGUGCAUCCCGUAAGAGAAAGAAACUCGAUUUGGAAUCUAUAGUAGAUUGGAAUGCAGCAGCUAAGAAUAAUAAUUGGGAAUUGUUUUGCUUGACUGACUAUAAAUUACAUGUUGAAAAGAAAGGUGACAAAAUACUUAACGACGCAGAUUUUUCUAAUGGAGAUCUUUUAGUUCAUAUUAGAAAUUCAGAAGAAAUAUCAGAUUUACUAAAGGCAGCAGAUUUGAAAUUAGAUAAGAUUUUAUAA